UACCGUGAGAAUGUAAACAUGGCCGACCAUAACACUGGCAAUGAGUUACAUCAAAGUGUAUUUAGCGGCGAUGUGCGGAAGGUGUCAGCACUCAUACGGACAUAUGACGUAGCCAAGAAGGACAAGCACGGUAAUACACCACUUCACCUUGCUGUUAUGCUCGGGCACAAAGAGUGUGUACAUCUCUUGCUGGCCCAUGGAGCGCCCGUCAAAGUGAAGAACUUGAAUGGAUGGAGUCCUCUAGCAGAAGCCAUUAGUUUUGGUGACAGACAAAUUAUUUCAAUUUUAUUGAGAAAAUUAAAACUACAGUCACGGGAACACAUGGAGACUCGGCGGCCCGACCUGGUCCGUGCUUUGUCCCAGAUGGGGGACUUUUACAUGGAACUGAAAUGGGAUUUCCAGAGUUGGGUGCCACUUGUGUCCAGAAUGCUUCCGUCCGACAUAUGCAAGAUUCACAAAAAGGGAGCGUCCAUACGCUUAGACACGACACUGGUGGACUUCAAUGACAUGCGGUGGGAAAGAGGGGACAUUAGCUUUCUGUUUUCUGGCAACUCAAAACCCUCCCAUUCCCUCAUCGUUCUUGACAACAAACUGAGGGUGUAUCAGGGAGUGAGACACGAGGAGACAGAAGCAGAAAUUGAAGAUGAAGUAGACAUCCUGAUGAGUUCAGACAUUGUGGCAGCUCAAAUGUCCACCAAACAGAUUACUUUUUCAAGGGCACAGACGGGAUGGAUAUUCAGAGCAGAUAAGAAGGAAAUGGUGGGGAAAUUUAAUGCCGACUUUUAUUAUUUAAAUGGAUUAACACUUGAGUCCAGAAAAAGAAGAGAACAUCUUAGUGAAGAAGACCUGCAAAAAAAUAAGGCUAUUGUAGAAAGCUUCACCAAGGGAGGAGGAACCCAUUCCUUUGAUGAGUCGGCAAGAAGACCUUCCCUUGAGCCUCCCAUCACUGAACCUGUGUCAUGGGAAGAGUACAUACAAGCUGACCCAGGAAAGCCCCCUCCACUUGGACGAACCCUCAUAUGCAAGGAAUCCUCGAAAUCGUUCAAAGCCACAGUUGCAAUGAGUGAAGAAUUUCCAUUAACUGUUGAGAUGCUUUUAAAUGUCUUAGAAGUGAUAGCUCCCUUCAAGCAUUUUGCAAAGCUCCGAGAGUUUGUCCAAAUGAAGCUUCCACCUGGCUUUCCUGUCAAAAUAGAUAUACCAAUAUUGCCAACAGUUUCAGCCAAGAUAACAUUCCAGGAGUUUGCUUUUCGAGAUGACAUACCAGAUUCACAUUUUGAGGUUCCACUGGGAUAUGUAGAAGAUCCCAAUAGAUUCCCUGAAUUAUGACGGUAUGAGGACUUAAGCCUGCUAAGUGUCUCCAGUGUUGAGGAACACCAUGACAUAACCAGACGUCACUCAUCGGGGCUGGAACUGGGCAGCGGCACGUCCCGCUUCCUGUCCAUUGUGCCCUGCUCUUCACCCCCUCCUCUGUGCCCCAUGCAAGGCUCAGGGACACUUGCAUCUCCCAUAACAAAGGAACUUUUAUGUCACAGGGUAAGUAGGCAUUCUCAGGAAGCCUCCUGUACAGAUGCAUGGUCGGGGUCUAGUCACAAUAGCUGUGAAGUUUCUAACUCUUCAGAGAGUUUGGCAACUUUGGGAAGUGCAACAAGGAAAAAGCUGCAUGAUAAUCUUAGUUGUAGUAGAGAAGCAUUUAAUGUCAACAGUACCAUUGAGAGAGUUGCGUAUCCACCGACAGACACUGGUCGUGUGGAAACCAGGAAUGAAGUAUCAUCACAAACAUCAGGAAUGUUGCAAACAGAGUAUAUUGUUGUGGAUAUUCCUCUGCAAGUAGGAAUGGGAAGUCCUUAUUCAUCUUCAUGCUUUAUCCUCAUUGAUCGCUGACCCACACUUAAUAUCAAACAAAUCUGUGUUCAGAAAUGUUGAACAUAAACAGAAAAUGUAAGAAAAUGUUGUGUAGGGUUUAUAGAAGUACUACAUUUCAUGCAAUUGUGUUAAACAUUAUAACCUGAAAUGGCUCAAGUCAGCAGAUAAUGCUAAGCAGCUCAUUUAUUUUCUGUACUUCUGCUUGAAAUAUCAUUCAUGGUGAAGAACUCUAAAUACCUCUGUCUGAGAUAUAUUUUUACUUUCAGAAUGUGUGUGAAAGACCAUCUUUAUGUUGUAUUUUAUGCAUUUUUUUUAUUAAUGCUGUGUAAUUAUGAAAUGUGGAAGAGCAGCUGCAUAGUUAGUCUCUCUCUCUCUCUCUCUCUCUCUCUCUCUCUCUCUCUCUCUCUCUCUCUCUCUCUCUCUCUCUCUCUCUCUCUCUCUCUCUCUCUCUCUCUCUCUCUCUCUC